AUGCGUCUGAACUGCAUGAUCCACUGUGCCCUUGUCGGCACGACCCUGGCCGACGCCGACUUCAACUCUGUACGCCGGCGACUGCACAAAGACAUGAGCGGACGAGGAGGCGAUCCACCGGGAAAAUAUUUUCGUGAGUUGCCCGUUGACGACCCUUUCGAAGAUAUUGAUAAUGGGCUAAUACGCUACCUUAGACGAAUCUAUGUGAGCAGCUUCCACCCACACUACGACGGCCGGUAUGUAUUGUCUUUUGGUUUUUGGCUCGUCCCGUCGGCUAACCUCCCAAGCUUUGCCGACCGCGUCCUAGAAUACAGCGAGCAGAAACGGGCACUCAAGAGCCUCAUUCAGACAUACCUGUCCACCUUUGCCGACAUUGGUGUCGAGACCUGGCUCAUGCAUGGCUCGCUGCUCGGCUGGUGGUGGAAUCGGCAGAUUAUGCCGUGGGACUCGGACAUUGACGUGCAGGUCCUCGAGCCCGGCAUGUACUACCUCGCCGCCUACUACAACAUGUCCGUCUUCCAUUACAAAACGCCUCGGCUGCCCGACGGCCGCGACUACCUGCUCGAGGUCAACCCUCAUUACACCAACCGCGACCGCUCAGACUGGCUCAAUGUCAUUGAUGCGCGCUGGAUCGACACGGAGACAGGGCUGUUUAUUGACAUUACGACGGCGCGCUACGACCCCAGCCAUUCGGCCGGCGAGGGUGUGCUUACGUCCAAGGAUGGCCACGAGUACCGCGACACAUACCUCUACCCGUUGCGGGACACCAUGUUUGAGGGCGCGCCUGCCAAGAUCCCUUACCGUUUCCGGGAGAUACUCGAGGCCGAGUACGGUGCCUCAGCGCUGGUCAACAAAGACUUUCACGAUCAUGAGUUUGACGACGAAAAAAUGGAAUGGGUACCGAAGAUGAUGAUGAACAAGAACAGCUAG